AUGAAAAUUCAAUACAUGAGUGAUCUUCACAUUGAGCACUUUCGAAACCUGGAUGAUUUUGAGAGUCAGUACAAGAGCAAAUUCGGAAACUCCAUUCUAGAAAAAUCUUCAUCACGAGAAGUUUUAGUUUUGGCGGGAGAUAUUGGAAAUCCAAUGAAGGAUAGUUAUCGGGAUUUUCUAAAGAAGUGUUCGGAAAAGUAUAGAAUUGUAAUUGUAGUGGCUGGUAAUCAUGAGUGUUAUAAUAAUGAAUAUUGGACAGUGAUGAAGCAAAUGGAGAGUGUGAGUGCAGAGUUUGAGAAUGUGCAUUUUCUGGAACAGAGAUCGGUUGAGGUGGAAAUUGAUGGAGUUAAGGUUGUGUUUAUUGGAUGUUUGUUGUGGAGUCAUGUACCAUUGGGGGCUAGAGUGGUCGUUCAAGAGUCCAUGAAUGAUUAUGAAAUGAUAAGUAUUAUGGAAAAUGAAAAGAAGAGAAAGUUAGUUGUGGAUGAUACUGCCAAUAUUUAUGAACAAUCAGUGAAAUGGCUUACUGAAGAAUUGGAAAAGCAUCAAGGAAAAAAUGUUGUCAUUGUCACUCAUCAUGCUCCAUUAUUGAAAGGGGUUAGUUCACCAACUUAUGAAAAAGAUGAUUUGGAUGAAUAUACCAAGUUGUGUAACCAUGCAUUCUCCUCAGAUUUGAGUCAAUUAUGUAAAGAUCCUGUAAAGUAUUGGAUUUUUGGACAUACCCACUAUAGUUCAAAUCAAAAUUUUAAUGGAAUUCCAAUAUCGAGUAAUCAAUUGGGUUAUAUUUCAGCUGCUUUUGAAGGUACUGAUCCAGAUAACAUGUACAAAGAAGAUACUGUCUUUGAAUUGUAACAACAUUAAAUUUCACCCAUCAAAAUUGAAACCUAUUUCACAUUUUAAUGAGUAGUAAUUGUUUAAUAAUUAAAUAAAUAAUAAUAAAUUUAUUCCUUU